GAAAUCAAGAAGACGUUACAAAGAUGAGGCGUUUCACAGAUAUAAAAUGGGGAACUGAUAUCCAAACAUUCCAUUGUAGCAAGGAAUAAGAGAAGAAACAAACAUUCCAUUGUAGCAAGGAAUAAGAGAAGAAAAGAAUGGCGGGACAAAGCUUGAGAAAUCUCAAAAUUGUGGUGUUCAUCUUCCUAGCCCUUACUUCUGGAUGGAUGGUGGUGCAGACAGAGGGGCGGACAUGCUAUAAGCACAGCGAUGCAUUUAUAGGACCGUGCAUUGCAGCAACAUGUGCUGAACUUUGCAUUUCUUUUGAGAAGUGGGAUGACGGAUUUUGCUCGGGUGAUAAAUGCACUUGUACGAAGCAAUGUGCUGAGUCCAUGCUUUAAUGGGUUUGUAAUUCACCACAGUUGUUGCUAUCUGAAUGUAAUAAGCGACUCCAAUUCUACUGAAUUGCACAACAUGUUUACUAAUCAAAGCUUCCUUCUUCCAUUUUAUAAUUUUUA